AUGGUUGCACCGAGAUCUCGUGAAGAAGAAGGAUCGAGGCAGCCGCCGCCUGCUAUUCCAGAAGGUGAGGAGGAAGAUGAGGAAGAAGAUGAUGAGGGAGAGGGACCCUGCGGCUCAUACUUCAGAUUUCGUGGCUCCACCUAUUCCCUCUUCAAAAUUAUAAGCUACUGGAAACAAGAUGCUGGAUACUAUGAAGCAUGCAAGAAAGAAGUCGAGACGGCAGGAUUCGGGGGCCUAUUGGAACUUCGCAUGCCUAAGAUUUCCAAUGUCUUCAUGGACGACUUGAUGGCUGCUUAUGACCCCUCAACCAGUACUUUUGUUUUUGGGGAAGGAGAAUCGAAGAAGGUGUUCGACUUCACAGCUGAGGAUGUGGCACGUGCGUACGACCUUCCCCUCGGUGGUGCUGUGAUUGAUUUGAAGAACGUUGAGGGGGGAUGCUCGAAAGUUUCAGCGAGGAAGUUGGCAUGA